AUGUAUCAUCCGAAUGCCCACAAUCAUCGCACCAAGGAUUGCAAAGCAUCUGACAGCAUGAAAAAACGAAUCGAUGAGGCACAAAGGAAGUUUGGUGAGGUCAACACUCGUAUUUGUCACGAUUGCAAGGAGUCAGGAUGGACUCCAGCGCACAGGGCCGUGUGCAAGAUGAAGAAUAAUCAACCAAGAUUUCGAAGUAAGGUCGUCAAGAAGACGAUCGUCCCUGUGCCCAAUCAGCAGACUGAUUACAACUCUGAUGACAAUAUGGAUACGGAUACGGAAUCCGAAGAGCAGAGCAUGACCUUCGCAGCCAUGAGCAUUGUUUGGUCUUUGUCUAGUCUUUGUCCGGUCUUUGUCUGGUCUUUGUUUAGUCUUUGUCUGGUCUUUGUUUAG